UUAUGCAUGCCCUAACAGAGAGAGAUGUGAACCACGUACUGAAGCGACGCCACCAACCAAGCCGCCCAACCACCUCCGUCCGCCCAAAACACCACCGGCGACCAGCAUCACCCAAUCCUUCUUCCAUUUUCUUCUCCCUUUCUCUAUUUCUUCCCUCCUUUGCGCGUAGUCACUCUGUCUCAGCGCGAACAGCCCCUGCUUCGCAUCUUCCAGUCCGGCGAGGAACCAAGGGCGGCGAACUUUUGUGCCGAUGUGACCGCCGCUCCUCCGCGUCGCCCAAUUUCUUCGUCCUUCCCUCUCAUCAGCGCAGAAAUGGCUACCACGACGCAUAUCACAUUAAUAAUACACCAUAGAGGUAGACUUGAAAGGGGAUCGGAUGACAAGUUGUGUUAUGCAGAAGGUGAAAUUACUGAGGUGGAGAGAGUUAACGUGGAUACUCUGAAUGGCUUCUUUAUUAGUGACCUACUGAAAGACAUUGGGUAUCCAAUCAUCUCCGAUUUCUACUGGCAACAGCCUGGAAUGGAAAUUGAGGGUGGUUUGAGGCUUCUGCGACUUGACAUGGAUGUCGUUAAGAUGUAUGAAGCUGCUGUGGGGAAUGGACAUAAGAUUGAAUUAUACACAGAGCACCCAAUUAGCCAAGCAGAUGUUGUAGAUACGAAUGAAGAAGCUGCUGUAGAAGCACCUGAUCAGGUUAAUGUAACUCCAUCAAGGAGGAGGAGGAAAGUUUGUGUCAGGAGGACUCCAACUCCAAAGAAGGCAACAGGUCCUAGAAGAAUUCUUCACCUGGAAGGGGUACAAACUGAAGCCCAAAUUACAGAGGAGACCCAUGGUACAGAAAAGGCCCAACCAGAUGCCAGCCCAAAUCCAUCAGUUCCAGCUAUACCAAACACAGUUAAUGUAUCUGAAGAAUCUGCUACACCAAACACAGUUCCAGCACCAUCUAUUCCGCUUGACAACAAUGCCCAGCCAAAGUCACCAACAUACACAGAGCCACCCUCUACCUCUGAUGAUCCACAAGACGAAUUCCUCACCCAAUAUGUUCCUUUACCGCAGAAUCAACCCUCCUCCCAAGCCAUGCCUGAACCACAUCCAACCCCCCCCCACCCAACACCCCUUCUACCAAUCCAUCUGCCACAGUAAAUGCUCCAGAAACACAGAAUAACAACACAUAGGAGGGU